AAUGGCUUCUGGUAUCAAACCAUGCUCAUUCUUAUCAACGACGAAACCCGAAGCUGAUAAGAAUUUACGACUCAACGGAAAGGUGAAGAGACCUUCUCUUCAGGAUUGCAUCUUCAACCAGAAAUACACAGGCAGGUCCGUGCACUACUUUACUACCGGGACGGGAGUUACCAAGAGCACCGCGAGAGAUGUUACCAAGGAGUUAACACCCUUUUGGUAUCCUCCGGACACAAAGGAGUUCGGCUACAAAACGUGGAGACAGAGUUUAAGAGAAAAAGAAUCUCAGUACGACGUCCGCACCAAGCCGAAUUUCAGAUCACGCCAGAACAUGGAUAUCUUAAACAGGCUGUACAUACCAGAUGACGAGGUGGAUGAGAGCAGAGAGCCCGAACUCCUGGACAUCGAUCCCCAGUUCUUUAAAAUAAUACAAGGUCGCCCGAUCAAAGAAAAGUUCGGCAUCAGGAAAUAUGUAGAGGAAGUGAGGGAGACGUUGAGGACGAGACUCAAAGUGGCAUACCAGAUGGAUGAAGCUAUGCAAAUUGAAGAGAAUCUCAAAGACGAACAGAAGAGGUUGAAUAAAGUUCAAUCGAUGCAUAAGCUAUAUGCUGAUAGCUUCGAAGAGUUUCUAGAGGAAGAUUAUGAAUCAUCAAAAAGGAUUUUUCUUGAUGCUCAAGAAGAAGCUGAGAAAUCAGCUCGUAUGAGUUGUGAAUUGAAGGAAAUUGACAAGCAGUUAGGGACCGUCAAAUGUCAGUUACACAUCCUAGCGGAAAACUGGAGAAACUGUAAAAUGUUACAAAAGUUCUUGUACAUGGUCAGUCCGAUGGAUUGGAGGAAGAAACAUGAUUACUUAAACAGGAAUAAAGACGGUUCCGUCACACUUGCAAGCGAGAUGUCGACACUCUUCGGUCAAUGUAGAUUGUCUUUGACGGAAUCGACUCUUUCACUAGAUGCGUUGUUGGAUUUAUGUCUGACGGAUAUAAACAGAGGGGAAGAACCUUUGUUGUAUUUUACUGAAACAGGCGAUCUUAUCCAAGUGUUCAAAGACAUGGAGCUGCAGAGUUUGAACGCCUUGUUACAUUCUCAAUCUUUGUCAGAUCCUACUCACACUGUUCAGCGAGGUUUGGAACAAGCGCGGCAGCAUUUCGAGACUGAGCCUGCCUUCUUGAGGGGUAAAAUCAAGGACCUUGAGGCUGCUAUAACCUGGGAAGAGGAGAAAGUUCAAUCGCUCAAGGAUAAGGCCAGAGAACUGUUAUAUGGAUUGUUUAUGGAUCUGAUUGUUUCUGAGAGCGUCUUAAAUCUUCAUGUGUUUGUCGAAGAUGUCUACGAGACGUGCAUAGGUCCUAAUGACGGAAUUCUGGGUCUGUACGAUAUGAUGAACGGAAUUGAGUUAAAGAUGGAGUCCUUAGUGUUCACACUCGACUGCUUGCCGCUUGGCAUUGUCAAGAUGGCUGAGAGCGAAACUUACGAGGAGAAAGAGAGGAUUAUGAAGAUGGCUGAGGAAGCAGAGACCAAGCUGAAGAUGGCAGAGAAGCUGAAGCGGAGGUUCAGAAGAGCCCUUGAACCACCUGCUUACAGAAGAGGAAAACAACUGAAGCCGAGAUCAAGUCCUCCGCCCAUCAAGACGAAGACAUCUAAGAAGGAGAAACAUCUUACUGACAAAGAAAAGGAUUUCUUAAAUUUCUUUACCGAUUAUUGCUAUCAUGUAGAUAAUGCACGCGAUUACUUACCUCCAAAGCUCGUCUAA